CGACACAGUAAUCUGUCCAGUCCUCAACGAGCUUUUGGCAGGAGAGUCCGAGAAGCGCUACCUACAGUUUCACACUGGUAAGUCAAAGAGAAAUCUGCUCCGCCUGGGUAGGUCUCUCUCAUUCAUGGAAGUCGGUCCAUUAGUGCUUCUCGGUCUGAAUUGAAGCAUUGCCGCCACGUCCUAGGAUAUAGCUUCUGGGUUUUCAUGUUAAAAAGGUAGUUUCAACAUAAUACUUUUUAGCAUAAUGAUAGGCUAUUCUGCGCGUGGAUGACAUUCAGAUCAAAAAGGUCCAUAGACGUACAACUCAAGUUCAAUAAUUUAUAUGUAAAUACAUAUUUGAGAUUGUAUUGCAAUCAGAAUCGUGUCAAAUAAGAUGUUUUUAACAGGCUAAUUCGAGUGAUUGCGCAGGGGAUGCUGCAGCCAACUUCGUCCAUCCGCAGCUUUGAGUGCAGAGCCAUAGAAAAAACCACUGGAUGUGUGACGUCCCAGCGAAUGUCGGUCUCUAAAUAUAAAAGUACGCUCUGUCCUCUCGCAUUUUCCCACGGCGUUUUCUACCAGUGUUGUCCUUGCAUUGGCCGGACUGCCUGCAUCCCUAAAGGCAAUACUACCUGUGGCUUGAGUUGUUAUAAACUUUCAGGUAAGGCAGUCCAGCUUUAAAGACACCCCUUACCAUCUGAGAACUGUCUUUAAAGUUGAAACUUACCUAGAGUUUAAACUAGCCUAAAGUGCUGAUCAACAGAUUUACAACAUCGUUUAGAUACUUUUUUUUUUCUGAUAGCAAGGAUUGAUACUAAGGAUUUUGUUCUCUGUAUUUAUUUUCCUCUGGGGAAAAUAGUCAUUCUAUUCUAUUGUAUUCUCGAAUUGUGUGUACCAUAUCCAUCGUCUGAAGCUGCACUUAUAUCUAUCUUAUGACAUGGUGUAAUUCUAUGAUUGCACUGAACACUGUACUGUUCCUGGAUGUACUGAUGUUGUUCCUGGAUGUACUGAUGUUGCUGCUUGUGCUGUAUAAUGCCCACAGAAUGACAACACAUUGAUGUGGGUAGACAGCGGACUCUACAGUGUGAUAUCAGGGAGGUAAAGGAAUAAAAGCAUGACAGGUGGCUGUGGGAGAGAGACUGAGAGGGACGAGACAGGGACAGAGCUUCAUCUUAUCAUAGUUGGUAGUAGCCAGAAUGUAUGGGAGGACAUACAUACAUACAUUUUGGCUUUAGCCUAUGCUUUUUUAUUUUAUGCUUGUCAUGUGGCUACUGUAUUACCUGUCUGAGUGACAGAUUUGAUAGAUCAUUUGUCUGACAGUCUUAACAGUGGUUCAGAGCAGUUUUCAUUUGUCUAACAUGGUUUUGACUAUUUGGAUAUCAAUGGAACAGACUUCCUAAGAAGAUAGUUGGGAAGGACAUUUGCGAGGUAGUGAUGUCAAAAUUGCUUCAUACUUUCAAGAUUGUUCCCUUGGUUUUCCUAUGUGAAACUAUACAAACAAUCUUGCUUGUUUGUUACCAUCUUCAGGAUAUUGUUUUUCUUUGGUCUAACAGCUACACUUUAUUUCCUAAGGGUUGUUUUACAUGUAGAAAUUGAUUGUUAAUUCUGUCAAGAGCUCUGGACAUGUUCCAUAAAUUAUCGAAUCCUGUCCUUGGCUUGGUUGGCCUCUUACACUGUGACUGUUCCAGGCAAGGUCAGGUUCUACAGAUCAUACAUUUGUAAUCUCUUAUAUAAUAGAAACAAGGCCAAGCUACAGGGUAACUUGGCUGCAUAAACUAGGGCCUACCGUAGCUGUAAUCUUUACCAAACAGUUUGGGUUGAUCAGCCAAGUUACCUAAUUCAGAACAGCAACAAAACAAAAAAUCAGGAAACUUCUGUAGAUAUUGCAUCUACAGCUGGUUUGGAUGUUCACUCUGAGUUAAUCUCAGAGUAAUAGAGAAUAAUGGAUGCUCAAUGAUUUUACCAUUGUCUGUCUAUGUCAAUCAUCUCUCAAUCACCUAACUAAUGAUUUAGCAGCCCUGUUAGACAUACAGUGGUGUCAGACUGUCUGGCAUUAUGGUGCGCUGUACAUGGGCCAAUGGAAUACAGAUCUGUUUUACCUGUGUGGCUGCAGACAAAGUGCUGCAAAGUGCUCCAUUCAUGGCUCUGGGAAAUGUCAUAAUCCAAGAGGACAUUGUGAGAGUGGAUGGGUGUGGAUACAGAAAUUAUUAUUUUGGGGUUUCGCAAUAGCACUGCAGAACAUAUGUGAGUAGGAAUCUAGGAAACACUCAUCUCAUAGCCUAUGAGAUUGAAGUAUACUCGAUUCUGAAAAUUGGUGUUUAAUGACACUCCUUCGUUUUUUCCCAUUGUUACAGAAAUCCCAUUUAAAGAAGCAGACAUGGGUCGUAAAGAAGCCGAAUUUGACUGGAAGAAGACCACUGACAACAUCCAGGAGGUGUUUGACUUCAUGGAGGUCCUUGGAUCGUAAGUACAGCCCACACCCACCUACCUACCAUAGGACCAUUUCCCUACCUCAUUAGAACAUUCAUUCUAGGAACAAGAGUGCAAAUAACCUUGCAAAUACAUCACUAGCUGAAAAUCUGGAAUGGAUCUGCUAAAAGGUUUCUCUUUAGAAAGACACUGUUUUGUUUUAAGUUACAUGUGACCUCAUUGGGGAAAGAGAGAGAGAGACCGAUUGGAUUACCACGAGACCUACUUUACAGGUGUCUUAUAGACAAGUCACUGUGGCAGCGCUGAGGGUAUCGGUCCUACACCUCCUGAUGACGUCUGGUACAUCAGAUGGCUCAUCAGAUCAUUCACAAAACGGCCAAGAGAAGUCGUCUAUGGAGCCAUCUUUAGCUUGAUAUUCAUUGAGUUUCAAAUUCCAAACUGGAUUUUGAUUUCUUUGGUACAAUCUUGGCAAAGGGUGAGAAGCCCACAAGAUUCCACAAGAACUCUUCAAAUAGUUUUUCCAGACAUUUUUAAUGGCCUUGUAGAAAAUGUGAGUUAUUGUAACCAGUGGUGUAAAGUACUUGAGUAAAAAUACUUUAAAGUACUACUUAAGUAGUUUUUUUUAGGUAUUUGUACUUUACUAUUUAUAUUUUUGACCAUUUUUAUUUUUACUUCACUACAUUCCUAAAGAAAAUAAUGUACUUUUUACUCCAUACAUUUUCCCUGACACCCAAAUGUACUUGUUACAUUUCGAAUGCUUAGCAGGACAGGACAAUUGUCCAAUUCACAAACUUAUCAAGAGAACAUCCCUAGUUAUCCUUACUGCCUCUGAUCUGGCAGACUCACUAAACACAAACGUUUAGUUUGUAAAUUACUUCUGAGUGUUGGAGUGUGCCCUUGCUAUUCGUAAAUUUAAAAAACAAGAAAAUGGUGCCGUCUGGUUUGCUUAAUAUAAGGAAUGUGAAAUGAUUUAUACUUUUACUUUUGAUACUUACAGUAAGUAUAUUUUAGUAAUGACAUUUACUUUUGAUACUUAAGUAUAUUUUAGCAAUGACAUUUACUUUUGAUACUUAAGUAUAUUUAAAAGCAAAUACUUUUAGACUUUUACUCAAGUAGUAUUUUGCUGGGUGACUUUCACUUUUACUUGAGUUAUUUUCUGUUAAGAUAUCUUUACUUUUAUUCAAGUAUGACAGUUGGGUACUGUUUCUACCACUGACUGUAACUAAGUAAUUUGAGUAAAUGUAACUAAGCAGUUUCAAAUGAUUUAGAUAGUAAAUAUUUAUCCAACACAAACUAUGUGCAUUGAUUUUGCACCAUUCAAACUAGCCUCAUGUUAGCGGGGUCAACCAGCAUGAGUAAUCCAUGGGGUCAAUCAAAUGUUCUUGACUGAGCUGUCCUGUCUUACUGAGCCUGUCAUGUUGAGAGGCUUAGGAAGCGGUGGUGGUGGAGAAUAGAUCUGGGGCUGGGCCAGAGGUAAAUGAAGGUGUGUAGGCUACUGCUGCCUAGUGGUCAGACGUCCCUGUACUGUGGGAACACAGACUUGGCUGGACUGAGGAUUGGAUAGGCAGAUAAGAGAGGAAGCCAUGUAGACAAACUACAUUUGUGUGAACAUACAGUAUGUUUUGGAGAACAUUGCCUCUUAACUAAGAAGGGAUGUUCUUUUGGAAUUUCCCUGAAUUGAAUCUUGAUGUUAAAGGCAAAAAUGUAUGGCAGAAUGAAGGCAGUUCUACUUGUUGCUGCAUGAUAAGUGAUGUAGGUGUUCUCAGCAGAGACCUACUUCAAUUUGACAGAUAGAACCUCUGAAAUCACAUCUGGGGAAAAUAUCACAAAACAGAAAUGUAUAAAAUAAGUCAACUAUAGUGAAAGCAUAAUACAAAUAUAAAAGUAGCAUCAUUUUUUCUGAAUUAUACAACUCUUCUCUUAAGGCAGGGUGAUAGCUUUGCGUAGUCAGGAGGGGUCAACUUGGCUCUGCUGGUGUCAGGCUAAGGGUGAUCAGGUGAAGGGCAGACUGACACUGAUAAUCUUUCUCAGUUUGGAACAAGGAUCAAUGAGUAGAAAGAACAGCUAAAUGGAUGGAGAAAGCUUGGACAGGUGCUCUAUAGAUCCGAUUAUACUGUACUGUACAGUGAAACACCUGUAUGUAAACCAAGGCCCCGUGUUUUCUCUCAUUUGCUCUCUUUAGGCCUAAUUUAUUUCAUUAGCAUACACACAGAGUGGUUGCUAGACUACAGUGUUUGACGAUAAAGAUAUCACCAUAACAAAUUAGCACAGAGCAGUCCCUACUGUAUUUCCUUCCUAUGUUCCAUCACAAGGAUCUAUCUAGGGGAAUUAGGGAGAUCCAUUGGAUAAGGCUUUAUAAAGCUAAACCCACAGAACACAACAAAAACACAAUCUAGUUUCCUGGCAAUCUGACAUACAGUACUGUACCGAGGCUUGCAGUCCGUCGUUACACACCUGUCUCUGGUGUAGAUAUCAUCCCUAUCCUGAUCUUUCCCUUUAUCAUGUCUGAUUUCAGCAGUCAAUGGUGUAUUUAGUCUAUCUUUUGUGUUUUCAAACUGUACAUGAGGAGAGUGUCUGACAACAAGCUUACUAAUAGCUGCCUUGCAUCCCAAUUCAUUUACACCGGAUGCUGUUUGAUUGAUAAUAUCCCUUGUGGGUCAUAAUGAGAAUCAUUGGGUUCUCUGGGAGAAGAUGCAGUGUAGUUUGGGACAACAUAAAGAUGUCAGAAUGUCUGACUUACGUCCUGGGGCCUACCUCUGUGCACAACUGAAUUUAAUGAGACGAUGUGAGAUAGCGUGAGACACAGCUGUCAUAAUAACUCUGCCUGCCUCCAUGCAGUAAGACUCGUUGGGACAUGGGACUUUCUGCUGCAGUUGAAGCAAUCUCUGCUAAUUAUCUUUAGAAUUAAGGUAGUUAAAUCAUGUAACCUUAAUCUUGCAGUGCUCUCAUCUUGCGUAUGUGUUCCUUAGACCUUCUUCACUGGCGUAACCCAACAGAAAUGGGCAGCACUUUUGCGGUACAGUAUCUUUUGUCAGCCCCUCUCUCCAGGUUGUGUAUGACCCAAUAUAUAACCUGGUUGCUGCUGCUUGGGGUAGAGGUCAAUUUGUGCCGGCUGCACAUGCUUCGUUCGUCCACACCUCGAGCCUGCCUGCCACAGUUUCCGUUGCGUAAGGGAUAAACAGGCUAAUCCCAGACAAUGGACAGGACAGCUAUUCCCAGACAAUGCUGAAGAUAGCUCGGAAACUGUACAGAACACAACAUUGAGUGAGCCCUUAAGCCACUCAAUCCCGUCUCAGACCUUAAUAAGCCCUUUUUCCACAGUAUUCUGUUUUGAUAUCCUGCACCUCUCUCUGCUCUAAAAUCAAAGGGUGCGUGUAGGCCACCUGAUACCUGAAGAACAGAACAAUAGAACCUAUCAACGGUGUAUUGCAAACAUGUAUAACCUACUGCAGGUCCAUAGGAACUGAAGCCUACAUCACAGCAUUGCACUUUUUUUUUGAAGAAAUUACAGAAAAAAUAAUUUAUGUCAGAAAAUUACAUCUCAGUAUCUCAUUUCACAAACAGUAUCACCUCAGUGUUAUGACAUCACACCCAUGAGGGCUUGACUAACAGUGCCCUUCAUAUUUUCUUAUGGAAAAUGGCAGUCUUCCUAAUGGGGAAAGAAGCUGAUUUCUCAGAUCCUAUGUAGUAAUUGCACUAUUAUAAUAAUUGAACUAACCCUUUACCUAUGUGUUUGUGUGAUCAUCCAGGGGGGCGUUCUCCGAGGUGUUCAUGGUGAAGGAGAAGAAGACAGGCAAGCUGUUUGCCAUGAAGUGUGUGAAGAAGAAGCAGAAGAGUAUUCAGAAUCUGGAGAAUGAGAUUGCCGUGUUGAGAAAGUAAGAGUUUAAAACGUUCAAUUGUCAUUCAGUCCCAUUUCAAUUGGAUGAACCUUCACUACAGCUACUGUAUGUUUCAUUGCACUUUCAUCUCACAUGCUAAACAUUACCUAUAUUUUCUCACUCCCAGGAUCAAACACGAUAACGUUGUUGGGUUGGAGGAUUUCUAUGAAAGUCGCUCUCAUUACUACCUUGUCAUGCAGCUGUAAGUUCAACAUGUUUUACCUUUUACCUUUAGAAUGGAGAAAAUACAAUGAUAGUUAUUUCCUAUAAAAACCCUUGAGUACACACAAACUCCACAAAUAAUAGUUAUUGCCCAUUGAUUUAAUGACAGCCACAUUGUUCUGCCUGUCUGAGUUUGGGAUCAGACAGCAACUUAACACUCAAGUCAAAUGCAGAAGCAUAAUGCUCAUGGAUAGAGUUUAGAGUAAGGCUGACUUAACUUACUUGACUUAAACGCCUUUACAUUAUGAGGAGCAUAUGUCAUCCAUAAAUGUUAGGCUGAGAAAUGUUUCCGACGCUCAGUUCAUGGUUAAGGUUAGAUUGAGUCAGCUUUAAGGUCUAAAGAUUAACGGCUGUUGUUGUUCUCCCGAAAGCGUUGCUGGGGGUGAGCUGUUUGACCGUAUCCUGGACCGGGGGAUGUACUCAGAGAAGGAUGCCAGCAGGGUCAUCCAACAGGUGCUCCAGGCCGUACAAUACCUCCAUCAGAAUGGCAUCGUGCACCGCGACCUCAAGCCGGAGAACCUGCUGUAUUACAGCCAGGAUGAGAGCUCCAAGAUCAUGAUCAGUGACUUUGGCCUGUCCAAGAUGGAAGACAACGGUGUCAUGUCCACAGCCUGCGGCACUCCAGGAUAUGUGGGUAAGGAAGGAGACAUGUUUGGCCUUUACAGAUAAUGAACUGUGUGUAUGGGUGAGAAACUGGGUCAGAGGAACCACACUCAAACACAUAAGGGAGACAACAAAGACAUUACAAAACCUAAUAACCUAGAUCUAUGAUCUAUCUGUCAAAUACCAUACAACACUAGUUGAGUUAAAUGAACUGAACUUGGAGAAUUGUUCUUACUUACUCUGUUUCCAAACCUUCAGCCCCUGAAGUCUUGGCCCAGAAACCCUACAGCAAGGCAGUGGACUGCUGGUCUAUUGGAGUCAUCACUUAUAUCCUGUGAGUAUUGCUCUCAUUGAUAACCUCAGGAUAUGUAUAGGCUACUGUAGGGUAUAGUUGAUUGCAUGUCAAGACUAUGUAUCUGACCAGGUCUUUGCAGGCAAGAGUGCAUUUUUGGUUUUCAAGCUUGUUAGUCUAAUCAAGGGUUAUCUUUAGCAUGAUGAAGGCAUAGUCACACUAAUUCUUUAGUGCCACUGGGCCAUUCCCUCAACAUGUACUGUUACAGUGGUGGAGUUAGAGCUCCAUCUUGUGGACAUUUAACACAGACACACACACUGUAUCAUUUCUUAAAGACACAAAAUUACACUGCAUUAUUAUUUGGUCUCUCUAGGCUCUGUGGAUAUCCUCCUUUCUAUGAGGACACUGAGACGCGACUGUUCUCUAAGAUCAUGAAGGCACAGUACGAGUUUGACUCUCCCUUCUGGGAUGACAUCUCUGAAUCAGCCAAAGAUUUUAUCCGCAACAUGAUGCAGAAGAACCCUAAGAUGCGCUUCACUACAGAGCAGGCUCUCAGGCAUCCCUGGUGAGUUUCAUGAUCAACAACAUUAUUGCUUCAUCUGUUUUGUCUGUAACAUCUACAACAACAUUAUUUGUGGUGUCCAGUGUGAGGUGUAUUCAGGCUAGCCUGGAAAAAGUUUCGGUUUCAAUGACAGGAAUGCCAAACUGAAUUAGUGAGUUGAAACAAAGGUGAAAUAUAGCAGAGGAAGUUCAGGCGUAAAAACAAACAAAAUAUAAUUAUUGUAAAAUUGACUGUGUCCAUAAAAUGUAUAUAGUAUGUAUAAGCUGGAAGUAGAGGCCUAAGCGUUGUUCUUCACUAGUUUACUCCAAUUAGGGGAGGGGUGGUGGGGUUGGAAAGUAAUAAAGGGAAAGAUGUUUUAAAAAAGGAUAUGUGUAGAUAUGUAUGUAUAUACAGUACCAGUCAAAAGUUUGGACACACCUACUCAUUCAAGGGUUUUUCUUUAUUUUUACUAUUUUUUACAUUGUAGAAUAACAGUGAAGACAUCAAAACUAUGAAAUAAGACAUGGAAUCAUGUAGUAACCAAAAAAGUGUUAAACAAAUCAAAAUAUAUUUUAUAUUUGAGAUUCUUCAAGGUAGCCACCCUUUGCCUUGAUGACAGCUUUGCACACUCUUGGCAUUCUUUCAACCAGCUUCACCUGGAAUGCUUUUCCAACAGUCUUGAAUGAGUUCCCACAUAUGCUGAGCACUUGUUGGCUGCUUUUCCUUCACUCUGCCUUCCGACUCAUCCCAAACCAUCUCAAUUGGGUUGAGGCCGGGGAAUUGUGGAGGCCAGGUCAUCUGAUGCAGCACUCCAUCACUCUCCUUAUUGGUCAAAUAGCCCUUACACAGCCUGGAGGUGUGUUGGGUCAUUGUCCUGUUGAAAAACAAAUGAUAGUCCCACUAAGCCCAAACCAGAUGGGAUGGCGUAUAGCUGCAGAAUGCUGUGGUAGCCAUGCUGGUUAAGAAUUCUAAAUAAAUCACAGACAGUGUCACCAGUAAAGCACCCCCACACCAUAACACCUCCUCCUCCAUGCUUUACGGUGGGAACUACACAUGCGGAGAUCAUCCAUUCACCCACAACGCGUCUCACAAAGACACGUUGGUUUGAACCAAAAAUGUCCAAUUGGGACUCCAGACCAAAGGACACAUUUCCUUGGCCCAAGCAGGUCUAUUCUUCUUAUUGGUGUCUUUUAGUAGUGGUUUCUUUGCAGCAAUUCGACCAUGAAGGCCUGAUUCACACAGUCCCCUCUGAACAGUUGAUGUUGAGAUGUGUCUGUUACUUGAACUCUGUAGAUGUGUCUGUUACUUGAACUCUGUGAAGCAUUUAUUUGGGCUGCAGUUUCUGAGUCUGGUAACUCUAAUGAACUUAUUCUCUGCAGCAGAGGUAACUACGUCAUACCGCUCAGGAAGGAGACGCGUUCUUUCUCAUAGAGAUGAAUGUACUUUGGUGUGAAAAGUGCAAAUUAAUCCCAGAACAACAGCAAAGGACCUUGUGAAGAUGCUGGAGGAAACGGGUACAAAAGUAUCUAGAUCCACAGUAAAAGGGGUCCUAUAUCGACAUAACCUGAAAGGCCGCUCAGCAAGGAAGAAGCCUCUGCUCCAAAACCACCAUAAAAAAGCCAGACUACGGUUUGCAACUGCACAUGGGGACAAAGAUCGUACUUUUUGGAGAAAUGUCCUCUGGUCUGAUGAAACAAAAAUAGAACUGUUUGGCCAUAAUGACUAUUGUUAUGUUUGGAGGAAAAAGGGGGUAACUUGCAAGCCGAAGAACACCAUCCCAAUCGUGAAACACGGAGGUGGCAGUAUCAUGCUGUGGGGGUGCUUUGCUGCAGGAGGGAUUGGUGCACUUCACAAAAUAGAUGGCAUCAUGAGGAAGGGAAAAUUAUGUGGAUAUAUUGAAGCAACAUCUCAAGAUAUCAGUCAGGAAGUUACAGCUUGGUCGCAAAUGGGUCUUCCAAAUGGACAAUGACCCCAAGCAUACUUCCAAAGUUGUGGCAAAAUGGCUUAAGGACAACAAAGUCAAGGUGUUGGAGUGGCCAUCACAAAGCCCUGACCUCAAUCCUAUAUAACAUUUGUGGGCAGAACUGAAAAAGUGUGUGCGAGAAAGGAGGCCUACAAACCUGACUCAGUUACACCAGCUCUGUCAGGAGGAAUGGGCCAAAAUUCACCCAACUUAUUGUGGGAAGCUUGUGGAAGGCUACCCAAAAUGUUUGACCCAAGUUAAACAAUUUAAAGGCAAUGCUACCAAAUAGUAAUUGAGUGUAUGUAAACUUCUGACCCACUGGGAAUGUGAUAAAAGAAAUAAAAGCUUAAAUAAAUCAUUCUUUCUACUAUUAUUCUGACAUUUCACAUUCUUAAAAUAAAGUGGUGAUCCUAACUGACCUAAGACAGGGAAUUUUUACUAGGAUUAAAUGUCAGGAAUUGUGAAAAACUGAGUUUAAAUGUAUUUGGCUAAGGUGUAUAUAAACUUCCGACUUCAACUGUAUAUACACUGCUCAAAACAAUAAAGGGAACACUUAAACAACACAAUGUAACUCCAAGUCAAUCACACUUCUGUGAAAUCAAACUGUCCACAUAGGAAGCAACACUGAUUGACAAUACAUUUCACAUGCUGUUGUGCAAAUGGAAUAGACAACAGGUGGAAAUUAUAGGCAAUUAGCAAGACACCCCCAACAAAGGACUGGUUUUGCAUGUGGUGACCACAGACCACUUCUCAGUUCCUAUGCUUCCUGGCUGAUGUUUUGGUCACUUUUGAAUGCUGGCGGUGCUUUCACUCAAGUGGUAGCAUGAGACGGAGUCUACAACCCACACAAGUGGCUCAGGUAGUGCAGCUCAUCCAGGAUGGCACAUCAAUGCGAGCUGUGGCAAGAAGGUUUGCUGUGUCUGUCAGCGUAGUGUCCAGAGCAUGGAGGCGCUACCAGGAGACAGGCCAGUACAUCAGGAGACGUGGAGGAGGCCGUAGGAGGGCAACAACCCAGCAGCAGGACUGCUCCUUCGCCUUUGUGCAAGGAGGAGCAGGAGGAGCACUGCCAGAGCCCUGCAAAAUGACCUCCAGCAGGCCACAAAUGUGCAUGUGUCUGCUCAAACGGUCAGAAACAGACUCCAUGAGGGUGGUAUGAGGGCCCGACGUCCACAGGUGGGGGUUGUGCUUACAGCCCAACACCGUGCAGGACGUUUGGCAUUUGCCAGAGAACACCAAGAUUGGCAAAUUCGCCACUGGCGCCCUGUGCUCUUCACAGAUGAAAGCAGGUUCACACUGAGCACAUGUGACAGACGUGACAGAGUCUGGAGACGCCGUGGAGAAUGUUCUGCUGCCUGCAACAUCCUCCAGCAUGACCGGUUUGGCGGUGGGUCAGUCAUGGUGUGGGGUGGCAUUUCUUUGGGGGGCCGCACAGCCCUCCAUGUGCUCGCCAGAGGUAGCCUGACUGCCAUUAGGUACCGAGAUGAGAUCCUCAGACCCCUUGUGAGACAAUAUGCUGGUGCGGUUGGCCCUGGGUUCCUCCUAAUGCAAGACAAUGCUAGACCUCAUGUGGCUUGGGUGUGUCAGCAGUUCCUGCAAGAGGAAGGCAUUGAUGCUAUGGACUGGCCUGCCCGUUCCCCAGACCUGAAUCCAAUUGAGCACAUCUGGGACAUCAUGUCUCGCUCCAUCCACCAACGCCACGUUGCACCACAGACUGUCCAGGAGUUGGCAGAUGCUUUAGUCCAGGUCUGGGAGGAGAUCCCUCAGGAGACCAUCCGCCACCUCAUCAGGAGCAUGCCCAGGCAUUGUAGGGAGGUCAUACAGGCACGUGGAGGCCACACACACUACUGAGCCUCAUUUUGACUUGUUUUAAGGACAUUACAUCAAUGUUGGAUCAGCCUGUAGUGUGGUUUUCCACUUUAAUUUUGAGGGUGACUCCAAAUCCAGACCUCCAUGGGUUGAUCAAUUUGAUUUCCAUUGAUAAUUGUUGUGUGAUUUUGUUGUCAGCACAUUCAACUAUGUAAAGAAUAAAGUAUUUAAUAAGAUUAUUUCAUUCAUUCAGAUCUAGGAUGUGUUAUUUUAGUGUUCCCUUAAUUUUUUUGAGCAGUGUGUAUAUAUAUAUAUAUAUAUAUAUGCGAGAGGAAAAAAACAUGGGGGAUUGGAAGUGAUGCAGACAAUCACAUUGAUGGAAGUUACAAUCUAUCUGCAAUAUUAAAGCUGAUGUGCCCCCUAAAAAAUUAUGAUGAUAAUAAUAAUAAUAACAAAUAAAAAUAAAGGUGAAAUAUAGCAGGAUUUAGUCUAGAUUUCGAGGCUAGAUUCAGGCCAAAACCAUCAGGAGAUUAUAAUGUUAUUUUCGGUUGUCUCUCCUUCAGGAUCAUUGGAAAUACAGCACGGAGCCAGGAUAUUUACCACUCUGUCAGUGUCCAGAUGCAGAAGAACUUUGCCAAGACCAAGUGGAAGGUGAGCCUUCCUCCCAUACUGCUCAGUCAGGGUUCUGUCUCUCUCCCACAUCUUAGACAUAAUCCCAGUGUCUUGUUUAUGUGCACGACACGUCUGAUCUCUUUCCUGAUUAAGGGCCAUGAUAUACUGUAAACAUCUGGGUGUUAUUCAACAUCCCUGAUUACUCAUAAUCAAGUCAAUAUCAAGAUCACUAUGAAAAUUAUAUGCCCAAGCUUUGCCCAAAUAAAGCACCUCACCUAACUCAUGAUGAUGGUUAUCACCAUGGUAGCGCAUACAGUACUUUUCUCUUAGCAUGUUGCUCAUCAACUGUUGUUGGUGUGUCGUUACAGCAAGCCUUUAACGCCACCGUGGCCAUCAAUCACAUGAAGAAGCUGCAGCUGGCCCACUCUGAGCUGGUGGUCAAGGCGCAGACCCUCAACAUGCCCACCAUCCAGGUCAUCGACGUCUCCUCCCCCACCAAGUCCCACAACCCCCUGGAUCCCGAGAGACUGGAACACAAAGGGAACCACAUGACCCUACAAAUCAGCUCCAGAGACACGAAGAGCCACCAGCCCCUAAAGAUCAGUCAAAGCGAGCCGGCACACACCCAUACCUUCGCAGAGACGGGCAAACAUGCCUACCACUCUGAGCCUGCUAACCUUAAUACGUAAGGACCAACCCUAACUCCCAUAUUUACCUAAAAAGACGACUAGCCUCCAUUCACUGUGUCUGAACGACCAUUAAACAGUGGGGAAUAUCCCAGAUUUAGCCCCUUACACCAUCCUCUUUGUGACUAUCUGAUGGAUGACUUUGCGUGCCCUUGUUUUAGGUACAGGGCAACGGCCAACCGCAAUGGCCAGGCUCUCCAGACUGGAGUGUGCUCUGUCAUGUGAAGGGUCUUUGGAAGGACUUUGUGUGGAAUUUUUUUACUAGGUAAAUAUUGAACUACUACACGUUAGACUCUUUAUUUUAGUGCUGUAACGAGGUUGCAUUAUGGUAGUUUGUUUCUUAUUAGUAAUAGAUAUAGAUCAUCUAAAUGUGAUUGUAUUGUGUGAUUGGCCUCCCGAGUGGCGCAGUGGUCUAAGGCACUGCAUCGCAGUGCUAGCUGUGCCACUAGAGAUCCUGGUUCGAAUCCAGGCUCUGUUGUAGCCAGCCGCGACCGGGAGACCCAUGGGGCGGCGCACAAUUGGUCCAGGGUAGGGGAGGGAAUGGCCGGCAGGGAUGUAGCUCACUUGGUAGAGCAUGGCGUUUGCAACGCCAGGGUUGUGGGUUCGUUUCCCAUGGGGGGCCAGUAUGAAAAAAAUUUAAAUAAUUAAUGCACUCACUAACUGUAAGUUGCUCUGGAUAAGAGCGUCUGCUAAAUGACUAAAAAUGUAAAAAAUGUAAAUAUUUGACUAAGUGUGUGUCCCUCCUCUCCAGGUCAGUCAGACGACUUGGUCGUGUCUGCUUCCUUCCUGUCGGCCAGCCUAGGCACUGACACUGGCAAGUGGAUUCUCAGGACGGCCAGUGAGAUCCAGAAUCUGCCGGGUUUCUGAAACAGUGCCUACAAACCACCCUGAACACAUUCUAGACAUACUGUACACUGACAGACACACACAUACAUGUAUAUAACAAGGUAUUCCAUGAUGUCCAGGGCGGAGGGGCACUAUGCUCACUAGGAACUGUGCGGUGUAUGUAUUAUACCAUGGACAUCACAUAACAAUUUGUGUUAUAACCCUUGAAGAAGGAGUUGAUGUCAGGGAAAGGUUUGUUUGCGUCGUGGUGAUGCGAUGUGGAGCCAAGUUGUUGAAAGACCGCUAAAUAAGAAGAAAAGGACUACUGUGUACAUCACUAUAAGACUGACUUAGGUGGUUGUGCUGUUCCAUGGUGUGGAGAGAUGGUCGAAACAGAAAGCCAUCUUUGAUGUGGAAUAUAUGACCAAGCAGAAUUUUAUCACUAUGUACAUUGAUGGGGGAAGUUGAUGGGGAACAUUGAGUCUCAUGAUGCUAAAAGGGAUUCUUGUUAAAGCUCUUUUUGUUUCUCAAUAUUCUCUUGUUCUGUCAUUCCCUUAUGUUUUCUUUGUCAGGCUUUAUUGUUCUAACAUAUUCACAACAUUCUUUAACAAAGACAUUUCUUGAGCGUAUUAAGAAGUAAGCAAACAAUAGUGUUAUCUGUGUGCUCCCUGACAACUCAUUACCAGUGGAAAUACUAUGAAUGUACUCUUAAUGACUUGCCAACUCACCAGCACUCAUAUUAAUGAAGGGUGAGAUUAUAAAUAUCAUUGUAAAUCUAAUUUAUCCUUGUGCUGAAGAGAUUUGGAUAAUAGUAAUAUAAUAUUAUCAAUACAGUAAUAAAAUAAUGUCUCCAUUAAUACAAGGAGGUGAGUUGCUUCUGUCCCAAGCUCAGCGGAGCUUGCUGUUGAAGUUUUGUAAAUAUUCUAUAUGUUUUUUUUUCUCUGUAGCUUCAUCGUCAAUAAAUAAAGUGUACA